UAUGCGCUGCCUAAUAAAGUAUGAAUUAGGUUUGUGCUGUUCUACUGUAGUGCUCCCUUUGUCCCCCUGCAGCUGUCUGUGCGCCCUUUAUGUGUAACCAUCUAUCCUUUGUCAAAAUAAGGCCCUACACUCAGAUAGUGUUUCACUGGUUGUGACCCAAUGGCAUCCCAGCGUUGAGUCCCAUUUGCCUGUGCGUUACACUGUAGGAUACAGAGAAGUAGCAUGACAGCCAGCAUCCCUGAGUGUGUCCAUGUGUCAUACUGGCACCUCUGCAGUAUUCUGGCCCACCAUGGCUGAUAGAUGGGUGAUGACCUCCUCCUCUUUCAUCUAUCCUUACAUCUUUCUGCCAUAUAUUUUUUACUUUCGUUAUGUUGCUCCCUUUUAUGUCGAAAUGUAAACACUUUUAAACUUGACACAGAACUGCGCAGACACUUGGCUGGUUCACUUCCAUUUAUUAUUUCUUUUGGACUUGGUAUUGUCAGCAUAAGGAACACGUACAACUUACACCACCUAGUGGUAUAAUACUGAAUAACAGGUACAUACAUAACCUCUCCUUCCUACGAAGAUAUGUCAUUAUUUUUGUUUGUUUGUUUGUUUCGAAAAAUGUAGUCAUAAAUCUUCUUUUCUUAACAGUUGUACUUUUCAAAAUUGCAAAUCAAACUUAAAACCAACUGUCUCUGCUACUUAGGUAGGUUCCUUGCGUGUUGUUUCCAUGCCUUGUGGUAUUUUAGGUGGAUCAACGGUCUUAGAAACUUGUUCAGAAUCAUCUUGAUGGUGAGAUGAGUUAGUCGUUAGCGAACAUGUAAAAAGGAAGUCGCGAGCCAAAGUGCGGAAAUAAAGCGGAAGUGGUACACGAAACCGUCUAACAUGGCGGCGGAGGCGUGUCAAUAAAGAGCGUGACGUCAAGAGUAGCCCUUUGAUGCUUUGAUCUUUUCGUUCCUAUAUAAGUUGUUUUUCCGUUAUGAAUUUUUACACCAAAUGCCAAAGAAGCAGACAAGUGUUGCUGUCGUUGGUGUGCAUAUUCCUUCCUAAAGAUAAGCAGGUGUGUACAUGGUGAUGAUGUGGCACCUCCUUUGGCCUUCUGUCCUCCUGGGAAUGUUUUUCAACAUUUGCCCAACAUGCCCUCUGGAAAUCCAGAAGCAAAGGAACCACUACUACGUCGCCCGGGGUUCAAGUGUCCAGCUACCCUGUGCGUACACUCACACUGUGGACUCUCAGCAGUACACGGAGGUCUUGUGGAGUAUCGUGUCUGCAGACCGAGACGAGCAGCCCAUCAUUUGGUUUACAGGCGGCCGCUUGUAUUCCGAUUUGUACAAACCAAUGGAGGGGAGGGUCCAAUUCAUAUCAGCGGAUCCCCAAAAUGGAGACGCAUCUAUCAGCAUCAAAGAUGUACGUCUGUCAGACAUGGAGAAGUACCGCUGUAAGGUGAGGAAGUUACCAGAGCUGGACCAGAAGAUGUUAGAGCUGACAGUCAUGGAGCCACCAAGUCAGCCUCUGUGCAGUGUGGAUAAAGAAGACAACAGGAUGACGCUCAAAUGCAGAUCUCUGUAUGGCACCCCACCUUUGCAUUACAUCUGGUCCAAGACCAGUGGAAAUAAGGUCUUGCCUACACAGGCCAUUGUGGACCCCACAGGAGCCACCUUGCAUUUCAACAUCACCGAGCGGGAGUGUGGAAGCUAUCGCUGCACAGUGGAAAGUUUGGUGGGUAGCAAACACUGUGACCUUCACCUGGACUGUUCACUCCCCCAGGACACCAAUGUGAGCAGUCCACGAUUACGGACAACCACUGCAGUCGCUGCCAUCGUCGUCACUAUCACCAUACUCUUCAUUGUCACAGUUGUCCUUGCCGUUUUCCGCUACCGCAAACAAAAAGAUCAAUCCCAGGAAAUUGAAAUACAAAAAUAAUUAGUUUUUGUUAAUUUAUGUUCGAUAAGUGAUAACACAAUUGUUGACAUUGUUUGUUAUGUUAAGUCUUUUACCACAAAGGCAUUUUGAUUUUAAUCUCACUUUACUCGUGUGUUGAAUCUAUUAAACAAGUUCUA